AUGAUCUGCCGAAUCUGCCUGCGCGCCCAGCGUGCUCUUCCAACAAGACUCCUCCAGACGACGACCCAAACACAAUCCCCCUCUACCGCCGCUCGCCGCCUCCAAUUACCUUCCUCCCGCCGACUCCUUCCUCAAGUACAGCACCCCAAACUCUUUUCCUCCUCCCCCUCUUCGUCUUAUUCCUCCUCCGCUACCUCAACAACACAGCCCACCACCCCAACCUCCUCCAGCAGUACUACUCCCUCGAGCAGUAACACCGCCACCGCCCCCCUCCAAAAACCAACCUACCUCUCCGAAGGCGAGUCCCAAGUCUGGGACCUCCUCCACGCCGAAUUCGCCCCGGCCCAGCUCGAGGUCCAGGAUAUUUCAGGCGGGUGCGGCUCCAUGUACGGGAUUGAGGUGUGCUCAGAGAAGUUCCGGGGCUUAAAUAUCCUUAAGCAGCAGCGGUUGGUGAAUGCUGCGCUGGGGGGGUUGAUGAAGGAGUGGCAUGGGGUGCAGUUGAAGACGAGGGUGCCUAAACCUAAAAUUGCUGUGUUUGAGACACUUGUUGUUUUAAAACAACACACACACGCGGAAUUUACGAGCAAAAUGGCCGCCCGAUCUAAAGCCCCAACCACCGCCACCACCACCGGGUGGACCCACACACCUUCGACGGGCACCCUCCUCUGGCUCGCCGUCUCCCUCCCCCUCGUGACCUGGGAUGUUGGCUACAUGCUCCUGCGCCCGCACACGAUGCCCGGGGGUUACUUGCACGAGCCGCUGUGGAAACCGUACGCGCUGUACGGCGAGGUCGACCACAUGUACGGGUUCAAGCAGUGGAACCUGAACAACCCUUUCGCGGCGACGCAGAGCUGGCUGAACCUGGCGGAGACGGUGCUGUAUUUGGUGUAUGUGGGGUUGUGGUAUGCGAAUGGGCGGGCGUUGGCUCCUGGCGCGAGGAGGGCGGUUGGUGGGAGGGUGGGCGCGUUGGCGGUGUUGGUUGGGUUUAGUGCGGCUGUGAUGACGGUUAGCAAGACGGUCUUGUAUUGGCUGCUGGAGAUCAUCUCUGGCUUUGAGAACAUCGGGCAGAACGAUGUUUGGAGGCUCGUUUUUCUCUGGAUCAUUCCCAAUGGUGCUUGGAUCGUGGUUCCCUCCAUUUUCAUGAUUAUCGGCAUGGGAUCAGAGAUCAUUGACGGUCUGGCUCGGGGGCCGGACGUAAAGAAGCAGGAGUAA